ACUUACAUGUUGUGUGGAAGACAAAGAAGGGGACAUUUCGCUCACUUCCGCUCCACACACAGCUCCAAGUGAUGAAAAAUUAUCCAAAAGCAACAAAACCAUUAACCCCAUUUCCGUAUCGCAACUCCUUUCCUUACGCCAAUUACUCCCUUCUUUAUACACCGCGAAACCAUGCUAUUAAACUUCUCUUCUUCUUCUUCUUCUUCUUUUCUUAGAUUCACCAACUCUAAAUCACCCAUUCUUGAACCUUGCACAACUUCUUCUUUGAAACCCAAAAUCCAUUUCUCCGCCUCUGUCUCCUGUUCACAAUUCAGUCUUAACUUCAAAAACCGAUUUUUCAAUAGACAUUCACUUGGUAAAAAGCUUGAUUUCAGGGCUUCGGCUGUCUCUGGAUUUGAUGUGGGCAGUUUUGAAUCUGUCCUAGAAGCAGCUGGUGUUUUAACAGCUAUAAUUAUUGUUCAUGAAAGCGGUCACUUUCUUGCUGCUUAUCUUCAAGGUAUUCAUGUAAGUAAAUUUGCUAUUGGGUUUGGUCCAAUUUUAGCUAAAUUUAAUGCCAAUAAUGUAGAAUACUCUGUUAGAGCUUUUCCUUUAGGUGGAUUUGUGGGCUUUCCUGAUAAUGAUCCAGAGAGUGAUAUUCCAGCAGAUGAUGCGAAUUUGUUAAAGAAUAGGCCAAUAUUUGAUAGGUUUUUAGUAAUAUCAGCUGGUGUUAUUGCCAACAUUAUAUUUGCAUACGUUAUAAUCUUUGUUCAAGUAUUAUCAGUUGGUUUGCCUGUUCAAGAAGCCUUUCCUGGGGUUCUUGUGCCUGAAGUUAGAGCCUUUUCUGCUGCUUCUAGAGAUGGGUUGCUUCCUGGUGAUGUAAUUCUUGCUAUCAAUGGUAUUGAAUUGCCGAAAACUGGCCCAAAUGCUGUAACUGAGGUUGUUGAUGUUAUUAAGAGAAAUCCAAAAAGAAAUGUGUUGCUUAAGGUAGGGAGAGGACAGCAGGAUUUUGACAUUGGUGUAACCCCUGAUGAGAAUUUUGAUGGAACUGGUAAAAUUGGAGUUCAAUUAUCACCAAAUAUGAAGGUUACUAAGAUUAUGGCGAAAAAUGUAAUCGAAGCAAUUAAUUUUACUGGAAAAGAAUUUCUAGGUUUGUCAUCAAAUGUUUUGGAUAGCUUGAAACAAACUUUUCUUAACUUUUCAGAAUCAGCUAGUAAGGUUUCAGGUCCAGUUGCUAUUAUUGCUGUUGGAGCAGAAGUUGCAAGGUCAAAUAUUGAUGGACUUUUCCAGUUUGCAGCUGUUCUUAAUAUUAACCUUGCUGUGAUAAACCUUUUGCCUUUGCCUGCAUUAGAUGGAGGUUCCUUAGCCUUGAUUCUUAUUGAGGCAGCUAGGGGUGGAAGAAAGCUUCCUUUAGAAAUUGAGCAGCGGAUUAUGUCUUCAGGGAUCAUGCUUGUUUUACUACUUGGCUUGUUCCUUAUUGUUCGUGACACUUUGAACCUUGACUUCAUUAAAGAUAUGUUGUGAUUACUUGCACCGGUGUACAAGUUCAGAAAUGCGUUUGAUUGAUAUAAAGUCAGUUUGUCAUCUGGUUGUUGAUGAUGGUGAUAAUCGACAUGUUUGGUUUGUUCCCACGAAAGUGAUGGAUCAGGUACUCAUGACUUCUCGUUCAGAAUUGGUUGCUUCUUCCUUUGUAGAUCUUUUUAUAAUUUUGUUAGUCAUACUUUCUUAAACGACAAUGACAAUCUUAAAAUGGGUUGUAAACUUAAAUUCAAAAAGAUUUAUGAAGAUGUCUAUAUCAGUUACAUUCUUUUAUAAUUGAUCCUUGGCAAACAUAUAGUUACUGAUUA